AUGGUGGAACAUAAACUUGAUGCAAGCACGAUAUCGAAGAUGAUCCCUCAGAUCUUUGAUCAGAUGCGACGUCAGACUGGCUCCAAGAAUUUUGCAAGCACACCAGCUUCAAUAUCGACACAAUCACUUCUUAAAGAACAGGAGCAACUGGAUAAGAUCAUUCCCGUGAUACAAAAUUUGAACGAAAGGAUAAAAGAUUGCAAGGAAGGAGAUAUGGAACGGAUUAAAGAGACAUGCCAUGCUAUGAAUACCAUUCUAGAUAAAUUCAUCAGUAUACAAUCGCAGGCGUCGUACGUGAAUUCAAUGAUGAACAAUGAAGAAUAUCUGGACUAUGUAGCGAGCGGGAAAUCGGAAGAGGAAUAUAUUUCAGCGAAACAGAGGGAAGUAGAAGAAUUGGAAAAGAGAGUGAAGCAGUAUACUACAAUGCAUGCACCAUCCGUGAAACCACCGGCAAGUAAGAUCCCUGUAGGGAAUGACACUAGAAAAGUAACUAAACCCGGUCAGCGAAACGGUAGGUCUGGGUUGUAUUCAAUUAGCACAAGAAACAAUAGUAACAAUAGUGGUGCCAAUGGAAGACGACCUCCAGGAAAUGGAAAUAAUGUCGGAAGACGAAGAGUGUAUAGGUAA